CCGGUCUAACAUCAUAUGGAUGGUUCCAAAUCCGACCUCUUGGAUGAGCAGCACAGCCAGCCCAGCCCCAGAUAUGAGAAACAGGAAAUAGGAUACCAUCCCAAGCAACCAACUUGUCUCCUGUUUGGUGCACUGAAACACUAGCUACUAUACACCUUUUUUUAUUUUCUCUCAAACAUUUCUUUCUUUCUUUUUUAUUUUUCUUUUAAAAGUAAACCCCCACCCACCAUAUAUCAUCAUCUUCUUUAAUUUAUUCUUCUUCCUCACUUUUCUCAUUAUUAUUGUUAUUAAAUCAGAUUAGAUUCGAUUUUAAAGACAUCUAUAUAUCUAUAUAAUCUCUCUACUCUUGGAUCCCGGCCUUAUUAUGACAAACCCACUAAGCUGCCAUUUCUUUUAUAAUAACUCUCCCUGAAAUCUUUCUUUUUUUUAAAAAAAAUAUUCUCUAAAUUAAACCCUAGCUUAGCUUAACAUUAAUGGCGGAUCGGUAGAAGAUGAGAUCAUCAUGCUGGGUAGCUAAUUAAGGCGGUGGUUGGCGCGCUCCUCCUCCUCCUCCUGCUGAUAAUCCGGCCACCGAUUCUGUCUAACUACUCACCAUCAUCGUCAUCAUCAUCAAUUCUACAUAAAUCUGAUCCAUCUUAUCUUGUUAUAAGGAUAAGGAGAUAAGAAUGUCAGGGUCGCUUGCCGGUUACAAUCCACUUGAAGAGUUAGAUCACACACCGCCGCCGCAGCCUCAAGAUCUUCAGCACGGAAGCGGAGGAUAUAAGUCAAAGCUGACGGCGAUGAGCGCGGCGGUCGGAGGAGCCGCCUGCAGGUACCGAGAAUGUCUCAAGAACCACGCCGCUAGCGUCGGCGGGAACGUCACGGACGGCUGCGGCGAGUUCAUGCCCAGCGGCGAGGAGGGGACGCUGGAAGCCUUGAAAUGCGCCGCCUGCAAUUGCCACCGAAACUUCCACCGCAAAGAACGCGGCAGCGGAGAUGGGGUCAUGAUUGUGCACCCGCUUCAGCUCCCGCCGCCGCCCGCGCUGCCCCCGUCCAUGAUGACAUCUCCGUCGUCGUUGAACCACCACCACCACAACCAGCACCAGCACCACCACCGGAGUGCACAGUGGGCGGCAGCGCCGCCGAGCUCCCUCGCCGCCCCGCAGCCGGUGAAAAUGACGGCCUACGGGAGCACGGCGACCGACUCCUCGAGUGAGGAGAUGAACUUCAACGUGUACCAGUCGCAGACGCCGUACGCGGUGGCGAAGAAGCGGUUCCGGACAAAGUUCUCGUCGGGACAGAAGGAGAAAAUGAUGGAUUUCGCGGAGAAGCUGGGGUGGAGAAUUCCCAGGGAAGAUGACUCCCAGCUGCAAUCCUUCUGUGCAGAGGUUGGUGUCAAGAGACAAGUUUUUAAGGUUUGGAUGCAUAACAACAAAAAUUCCGCCACCAAGAAGAACAGCUCUGCUUCCGAUCACCACCACCACCAAGACGAUGAAGAUCACCACCACCAAACGCCGGUGGGUAUUGCCGGAAUGUGAUUAAUUCGCCCCUCCGUUCUGUUAAUUAAUCAUAGGUACGAAUUGAAUCAUCAGCAUCGCUCAAAUCCUUUGAGACCUUAAUUAAUUACGUAUUAGUUAUAUUAUAAUUGGUGGCCAUCGGCUAGGCUAGUUUUUAUUUAUUUAAAUUAAAUAUUAUUACUACUAUAUGUAUGUGUAACAUUUAAUUUGUAGAUCAACGGCUCUUGCUGAUCGAGACGGAGAUGUUUGUUUGAUUAAUUGUGCACAAUUCUAGACAAAUAUAUAUCAUUCAAAUCCAUCUUGCACCUUCUUAUUACAUGUUAUAUGCUAAUUAUAUACCCCAACACAGUUCAAUGUGGG